AUGUCGCAGUCGCGUCCCCUUGCUGCCCUUCCGGCCCUUAAUCAAAAUCACUUCCCGCCACCUACGGAUAUCAAUGCUGACAGAUCGGAAGAAAUCUGUGCCACGCGAGUUGCUGCGCCUCAAAGAGCCACUUCAUCGAGCCCUUUUAAGCGUCAACGCAGCGACACCUCCAUCCACAUCCAUCUCAGUGCACCCAUAUUGCCAAUGAUGCAAUCCCCCGAUUCUCAGCCUAUCCCCCUGCUAUCCCCCAUCAUUUGCGCCACUGCAGAGGAAGUUUAUAUGCUCGAUCCUUCGCCUUCCGAUUUAGCGCCCCCAUCACCCACCGGCACAGAAAUCGUCAUCGAGGGAGUUAAGAAGGAGUUCGACCAGGCCUUGCUGCCCCUGAUACUUGAGGCAGAAGGAAUUAAGGUGCGCGACUAUGGCGCUGAGGUGAUUCCCUCAGAUCCUCGUGAUCCGGAAAUGUGGGACUACCCCAUACAAGCGCUUGUGCGACAUGACGUCCACAUCCGAAGGAACCCAAGCAACAAAAACCCCAUGAACCUCUCGGGGAAGACUUUAUGGCGAUUGUUGGACAGUGGCCUGGUUACCCAAGAAGAAGCUGUGCACAACUGGACCGCGGAGGAUUGGCAGGCAAUGAAUGCCUACAAGACACGCCCCAGUGGCCCGUCUCCGUACCAAGUCUGUAAUCUGGUUAGACCGACUGCGUCUUACCGGGAGCAUAUGCGUCUAGACUUUGUCCCGCCUUUGAAGGACGACAAGCAAGAGCACGAAAUUUUCGUACCUCCCGACGUGCCUGGCAUGGACGAGGGCGACGCUGUUGGUCGCCCACACUACGCGCCCAAAGACUGGGAGGAGAAGUACGAUUCUAAAAAGCGAAAGCCAGGCGCAUCACAGCUGAUCAAAACGGACAUGAGCUAUGCUGCAGCUCUCGUUAAGGAGAGAUAUCACGGAAUUGUAUUCGGCGGAGAGCUGUUGGCCGCUCAGGCAGUCCAUCCUAGUUUCUUCGUCGGUGACCCCGCUGGGGUUGGUAUUGUCCGUCUAUUGGUCAAGUACUCGAUGGGUCUCUCUGGCAGAAAGAUCAAACAACGCAUCCCAAACGACCCUAGGAACUUGUCUUGGGCAAAUGAUGCCAGUAAAUUCGGCACCUCCUACCUGCAGAAGUUCGGAUGGGACUCGUCCGUUGGCCUAGGUCCCUCAGGUGAGGGUCGCACGACACACAUAUCCGUCCACCAGAAGCUAGACAUGCUUGGCAUUGGGGCCGACCAUAGAAAUAGCGAGGACGGGACCGCCUGGAAGCAGGGCCGCGACUUCGAAAACUUGCUGCGCAGGCUGAACGAUAGUAUGGGAAACGAGGAUAGCUCGGAGGCCAUAAAGGUGGACGGGUUUAUUCGACCAAGCUCGACUACGGAACCCGCGGAAGACGACGCGGUUCCGCCGUCCAAGGCCUCUGACGAAGAUGAUGGCGACAAGCUUAAGAGAAGGAAGAGGAAACAUGGUAAGGACAGGGACGCUGUAGACGAGGAAGAGACUGAGAAGGGGAAGAAAAAGCGGAAGAAGUCGAAGACGACUGAUGAUGGUGAGCCAAAUGGGGAGGAGAGGAGGAAGGAAAAGAAGAAGACCAAAGCUAUGUCCUCCGGUCAAGGCGAAGAGUUGCCUGCCCGAAGCAAAAGACCCUCUCAGGAUGGUCUCCAUGAUGUCGUCGCGACACCUGCAGUGGCACCACUUGUAGUGCCCCGUCCACACCGCGCACACCGUGCACGACAUAUUGCAUCGAAGGGCCUCGCGUCGAAAUCAGCUACCGCUAUCUCCGAAAUCCUUGGGGUUGCCUCAUCUACUACGACACCCCCGUCUACCUCGACCCCCAUACUGUCAGCUGUCGAUACACCCGUUGCAGACGCGUCGUCGUCCUCGGAUCUCAAGCUGCAGGACUUGACUACCUCGACCAAGAGCGUCAUGGAUUACUUCCGCGAGAAGCUUGCUGCCAAGAGCAGCGGUGCUUCAUCUUCGACUGCUGCCCCCUCACCUUCUUCGCCUGAAAUCAACGACUAUGAUGACCGCCCCAAAGUAGGUCUGGGCGCGUCAAAGCUCCACCAGACGACCACUGAUGCGGAUGAUGAUGGUGAUCGACCAAGAGGUGGUCUAGGGUCAUCGAAGGCAAAUACCAUGAUGGGCCUGCCGAUAUUUGCGGCUGCAGGUACGAACCCCUCUGCUGCGGCCGAUGAAGCGGACAACCAGGACAUAGAUGAGGGAUCAAAAGAAAGGCGCUUGAAGGAGAAGCGCAAGAAGAAAACGCAGGAGAGGAGCGAUGAGACACUCCGUCCAGCAAGUGAGACUGCGGCCGACAUGGACGCCGAUCCUGGGACGUCGAAGAAAGAGAAGUCGAAGAAAAAGCACAGGAAAAAGGCCCUGGAGCAACCGGAUGACAACCAGGAGGUCGUUUCGGCUGCUGAUGGGACUGAUGUGUUGCAGGGCCAAAGUGGAAGGAAGCGUGAGAAGUCGAAGAAGCGAGAACGAGGCGACAAGAAGGCUUCGGCAUGA